UGACGUGACCCGUGAAGCCAGACAGGUCUGAGUGUGGUCUCUGUGUGAUUAUUAGAUAGGCUGCAGUUUAACAGCACUGAUCAGUGUUAUUAUCAGAAUGUUAAUAAACUAGGUAGUUUUUAGUGCGUAUGAUUUUCUGUACAUCUGUAGAGUGAGGAGUGGAACAAGAGGACCAGAGAGGAGUUUCUUCAGCUGAGUGAUCUAACAGAGUGAUCUAACAGAGUGAUCUUUGGCCGAUCACUCUGAGAGUGCUGACCCCGGGGCUCUGUGAUGAGGUGAGGGCUGCGGGAUGUCCGUGUGUCCGGCGGCGGCAGCAGCAGCAGUAGUGGAGGAGGCGCUGGCCGGAGGCGGUGCGUGUCUCGCGGGGAGCGGUCAGGCUAAAGCUCUGCUUCUUCUUCCAGACUCUUCUUAACCGGAUAGUCCUGAAAUCCCUUAAUCGUCCCUGAAUCAGUUCAGCAGAGCAGCGCGGAGGAGGACACUAUGAGGAUUUCUGCUCCUCCAUCAUGUUCCUAAACACUCAGAGUGACCCCGAGGCUGCCGGACAGCAGGAGGGGCUCCUGUCCCCCCAGCCCGCUCACAAACUCAGCCAGAGGAUCAAGAAGAAAGUGAUCACUGAGGAUUAUAAGCUCUCAGGGCAGGUGCUUGGAGUUGGCCUCAAUGGAAAAGUCUUUGAGAUCUUUCAGAGAAACACGGGAGAGAAGUUCGCUCUGAAGAUGUUGAAGGACAAUCCGAAAGCUCGUAGGGAGGCGGAGCUUCACUGUAGGGCGUCUGUGUGUCCCCAGAUUGUGCGCAUCGCUGACGUCUUCGAUAACUUCUACCAGGGGAAGAAGUGUCUUCUUCUCGUCAUGGAAUGCAUGGACGGAGGUGAACUAUUCAGACGUAUUCAGGCACGGCGUGAGCAGGCUUUCACUGAGAGAGAGGCCUCGGCUAUUAUGAAGAACAUAGGAGAAGCCAUUGAGUUUCUACAUUCCAUUAACAUAGCACACAGAGACGUUAAGCCGGAGAAUCUGCUCUAUACAUCAUCACAUCCUGACGCUCAACUCAAGCUCACAGACUUCGGAUUCGCCAAAGAGACCACAACCCAGAGCUGCCUGGCCACGCCCUGCUACACCCCCUACUAUGUGGCCCCUGAGGUUCUCGGUCCUGAAAAAUAUGACAAGUCAUGUGACAUGUGGUCACUGGGCGUCAUCAUGUACAUACUAUUGUGUGGAUAUCCACCCUUUUACUCAAACCACGGCGUGACGCUGUCCCCCGGAAUGAAGAAACGGAUACGGAACGGCCAGUACGAGUUCCCCAACCCUGAAUGGUCAGACGUGUCAGAAGAAGCAAAGCAGCUGAUUCGCCAACUACUGAAAACUGACCCUACAGAGAGAAUGACCAUCACCGAGUUCAUGCGCCAUCCCUGGAUCAAUCGAUCAAUGAAUGUACCUCAGACUGCUCUCCACACCAGUCAGGUCCUGGCAGAAGAAAGCCAUGUCUGGGAGGAAGUCAAGGAAGAGAUGACCAAUGCCUUGGCCACAAUGAGAGUGGACUACGAGCAAGUCAAAAUCAAGACCAUCGAGGACUCGUCCAAUCCACUUCUUAUGAAGAGAAGGAAGAAAUUAGCUAAUGCACCACCAGAAUCACCAGGGCUAUAAAAAAACCAAACCACACAAAUACCAGCAACACACACACACAAACACACAUUCACACAUACGCGUACAGGUUCAGGUCACAAGGGGCUCUUGCAUAUCUUUAGACUGCACCAAGUACCAGAGCUCACCUUGAUCCACAGUCAUCAUGACUGGACUCAGACUGCAGAGGCCGCAGUUUUGCCUUUUGAUUUGUAUAUUCCAGAGUGCACCAAAGACCAACACAACACAGGGAAUUCUCACCUCAAAUUUUUAAUGAUGUGUUUAGCUUUUGUUCUCUUUUAAUAAAUAAAAAAGAAUUGGUUUGUCA